AUGCAGCCGCGACAGCUGGAAGGCAACAUCAUCACGGCAGGGGCCACACUCAGUGCUUGCGACAGGGCAGACCAGUGGCUGCAGGCCACGGGUCUUCUCGGUGAUCUCCAGCGCAAGGGCAUCAACCCCAACGUCAUCGUGGUCGGUACAACCACUCAGGCCUGUGCCCGAGGGGCGCAGUGGGCUUCCGCCCUUUGCAUCUUCAAGGAGCUCUGUCGGGGUCUGCGCCCCGACCGGGUGGCCCGACACGCCGCCGUCUCUGCUGCAGCCAGAGGAGGCUGGAAGUUGGCCGUGUCCAUGGACUUCGACGGCUUGGCAGAGUCAGGAACCGCCACAGGUGGCGGGGGCUCGCACUUUCUUACCUGGCGCCGCAGCCUCGUCACGAUGCAG